AUGAUCCUACUCAAACCACAGUGCCCAACCAGCGCAGAGGAGCUUCAGCAGCACAAUGAACUCAUAGCCACUGUAAAUGCAGAACCUGAGGAAGACCAGCAGCCGGACAACUCUUCUCAGGAACCCUCGUGUAUCGAACAUGUGCGGAUCACACAACAAUUUAUUGAAGAAAUAAAAAAUGCGACACUGGAUAAUGCCAAACUCGACAGAGAGACUCUCCAUCGUUUGCGUAAUCCAGAGCAAGGACCUAUCGCCAUCGACAUCACAGAUCCCAAUACCCGACUUUCUCUCGAUAUCUUCAUGUCAUGCAAGAACUCAUCACAACGAAUGUACAGUAACAUCCGAAAUUCAUUUAUUCGAUGGUUUCCAGAACUUUCUGACAGCUUACUGAGUUAUGAUGCUGCGAAAAAAUUGGUCGAACAGGUCACCGGCGUCGUUUCUGUGUCGGACGAUAUGUGCAUAAACUCCUGCCAUGCUUUUACGGGGCCAUUUGCUGAGCUGGAGGCAUGCUACUACUGCUCACAAUCCCGAUAUGACCCCACCAUUCUCGAAAAAACAGGGAAAAAGGUUCCUCGAAAGCAGGCUUGCACAUUCCCUUUGGGUCCACAAGUACAAGCUCUCUGA